AUUAAAAAGCAGCAGCAAGAUGUGGUGGGCUUCAUGGAGGCCAACAAGAUUGAAUUCGAGGAGAAGGAUAUUGCGGCCAAUGAAGAGAACCGCAAGUGGAUGAGGGAGAAUGUCCCCGAAGAGUGCUGGCCGGCCAGCGGGAAUCCGUUGCCCCCUCGACUCUUUAACGACGGCCGGUACCUCGGGGAUUACGAAGCUUUCUUUGAAGCUCGAGAAAACAACGCCGUCUACGCUUUCUUAGGCCUGACAGCUCCCCCUGGUUCAAAGGAAGCGGAAGCCCUUGCCAAGCAAGAAGCGUGAUUUCCCCACUCCCUGCCCCUCCCUGCCUAGAGCCUUAAAUAUUCUGCAAAGGGAAACUUCCACAGCUUUUUCUACAAUGGCAAAAUUGUCCAUGCUUCAAGAAAAACGGGAAAUAGUUUCCUUGUUUUCCCUCAAAUGCCGAUUGCUGUGCACAGCAUAAAAUACAGCGCCAAGACAAAACUUGCAAACGUGAGCUGAAGACAGUGGGACCAAUAAGAAAUCUUUUGAUUCCCCCCCCCCCAGC